AUGCCGGCGGGUCCAGUUCAGCUGCUAGCGCCUCAGGCGCCUGAGGGAGGCCAGCAGCAAAUGGAGGAGGAAAAAAAAGAAGAGGUGGUUCCCUCCAAGCCUAUUGUGGGUAUUAUUUAUCCUCCACCAGAAGUCCGAAAUAUCGUGGACAAGACAGCAAGCUUUGUGGCAAGAAAUGGCCCUGAGUUUGAAGCCAGAAUCCGCCAAAAUGAAAUCAACAAUCCUAAAUUUAAUUUUUUGAAUCCAAAUGAUCCUUAUCAUGCUUACUACCGUCACAAGGUCAAUGAGUUCAAAGAGGGAAAAGCACAGGAGCCAUCUGCUGCCAUACCUAAAGUUAUGCAGCAACAGCAGUCUGUACAGCAGCUUCCUCAGAAGGUUCAAGCUCAGGUUGUCCAAGAAACCAUUGUUCCAAAGGAACCCCCUCCUGAUUUUGAGUUUGUAGCUGAUCCACCUUCUAUCUCUGCCUUUGACCUGGAUGUGGUGAAACUGACAGCCCAGUUUGUGGCUCGUAACGGGCGCCAGUUUUUGACACAACUGAUGCAGAAGGAACAGAGGAAUUACCAAUUUGACUUCCUGAGGCCCCAGCACAGUCUUUUCAACUACUUCACCAAGCUAGUGGAACAAUAUACAAAGAUCCUGAUUCCUCCAAAGGGAUUACUCACCAAGCUGAAGAAAGAAGCCGAGAACCCCACGGAAGUUUUAGACCAGGUGCGUUACCGUGUGGAGUGGGCCAAGUUCCAGGAAAGGGAGAGGAAAAAAGAGGAAGAGGAGAAAGAGCGAGAACGUGUGGCCUAUGCGCAAAUAGAUUGGCAUGAUUUUGUAGUAGUGGAAACAGUUGACUUCCAGCCGAAUGAACAAGGCAACUUCCCACCUCCUACAACACCAGAGGAGCUGGGUGCCCGCAUAUUGAUCCAAGAGCGAUACGAGAAAUUUGGUGAAAGUGAGGAAGUUGAAAUGGAAGUAGAGUCUGAUGAGGAAGAGGACGUAAAGGAUAGCAAAGCUGAAGAAGGCACAUCUCAAAUGGAUCAGGAUACUCAAGUGCAGGAUAUGGAUGAGGGUUCAGAUGAUGAAGAUUAUGCACAGAAAGCUCCUCUUCCUCCUGAGUCACCAAUGCCACCACCUUUACCUCCCACGCCAGAUCAAGUGAUAGUUCGUAAAGAUUAUGAUCCAAAAGCUUCUAAACCACAAGCACCUGCUCCUGCACCUGAUGAAUACCUUGUAUCUCCCAUUACUGGGGAGAAGAUUCCUGCCAGCAAGAUGCAGGAGCAUAUGCGAAUUGGACUUUUGGAUCCUCGUUGGUUGGAGCAGAGAGAUCGCUCCAUCCGAGAGAAGCAAGGCGAUGAUGAAGUUUAUGCUCCAGGUUUGGAUAUUGAAAGCAGCUUGAAGCAGUUGGCCGAACGCCGUACCGAUAUUUUCGGUGUUGAAGAAACGGCUAUCGGUAAAAAGAUUGGAGAGGAGGAGAUCCAGAAACCAGAGGAGAAGGUUACAUGGGAUGGACACUCUGGCAGCAUGGCACGUACCCAACAAGCUGCACAGGCCAAUAUUACGCUACAGGAACAAAUUGAGGCCAUCCAUAAGGCUAAGGGUCUGGUUCCUGAAGAGGAUGGCAAGGACAAGAUUGGACCUAGCAAGCCCAACGAAAUCACACAGCCACCUCCAUCCUCUGCACCUACCAUCCCCAGUCCUGCACCCAUCACCUCUGCUCCAAGACCUCCACCUCCAGUGUCUAUUCAUCAGCAGGUCAAUCCUCCUAUUUCCCGGCCACCGUCUAUGCCGCCACCAAUCCGUACUACAAUGGUAUCCGCAGUACCUGUGAUGCAGAGGCCCCCCAUGGCCUCUGUGGUGCGCCUUCCUCCCGGUUCUGUUUUAGCUGCUCCAAUGCCUCCUAUUCUGCACACGCCUAGGAUAAAUGUGGUACCAAUGCCACCAAACCCACCUCCAAUGAUGGCACAGAGAGCCCCGCACAUGAUUGUUCCAGCAGCAUUUGUCCCUGCUCCACCUGUUGCACCUGUUCCUGCACCGGCUCCAUUGCCUCCAGCUCAUCCACCACCACCAAUGGAAGAUGAGCCUUCUGCCAAGAAAAUGAAGAGUGAGGACACAUUGAUUCCAGAGGAAGAGUUCUUGCGCCGGAACAAGGGUCCAGUUACAGUUAAAGUACAAGUGCCCAACAUGCAGGACAAGACAGAAUGGAAGCUAAAUGGACAAAUUUUGGCAUUCACCCUUCCCCUCCCCGAUCAGGUCUCUGUAAUAAAGGUUAAAAUUCACGAGGCAACGGGAAUGCCCGCUGGGAAGCAGAAGCUUCAGUACGAUGGAAUCUUUAUUAAAGAUUCAAACUCUCUUGCUUACUACAACAUGCAGAAUGGAGCUACAAUCCACUUGGCACUGAAGGAAAGAGGAGGCCGUAAAAAAUAA